AUGACGGAUCCACGGUGGUAUAAUCUUUCUGAAAACAAAUCUGCGACACAAAGAUCAACAGUUAAAUGCAACGGAUGCCAAGAUGGAUCAUACAUUGCAGGACAAGCUGUAGACACCAGUUCAAAAACUUGUACUAGGACAGUACUAGUGGAAUUAUCAGACCCAUUUAAGACUCAGUGGUGGAUGGUCGAUCUUCAAGAGAUAAAAUCCAUAUAUGCCAUAAGAUUUUCUUUUCGAGACUACGAUGGCCACCAUAUACGACAACAACAACGUUUAUCGGGAUACACCAUUUUUGUAUCAAAUUCUCCCGAAAUAAAGAGUGGAGAAUUGUGCUUCCAACAUAAUGAAACAAAUUUACCAUCAUUGACAGCACAACAUGUAUGUGUUUCGUUUGGACAAUAUGUCCAGUUUAUAAAUGAAAGGAUAACUUAUAUUGAAUUGUGCAGUUUGGUUGUUUUAGGUUGUAACAGAGGUUUCUAUGGUGUUGAUUGUAGUCAUCCGUGUCCUGAACAUUGUAAGAGUAAUCAAUGUUUCGUCACUAAUGGUAUAUGCCCUGCAUGCGCCAAUGGUUACACUGGUUCUGACUGUAACCAAGCAUGUUCCAGUGGAAUGUUUGGUCCUGAUUGUUCUUUAUUCUGCUCUGGGCAUUGUAAAAACAACUCCACCUGCAAUCCUACUAAUGGUGUUUGCUCUAAUGGCUGUAUUGACGGAUGGAUGGAUAUGUUUUGCAAUAAAAGCUGUGUAGCUGGAAGAUUUGGUCCUGACUGUAAAAACGACUGCAGUGGAAAUUGCCUGAACGAUGUAAUCUGCGAUAGCAAAACUGGGAAAUGUGACAAUGGAUGCAAACCUGGAUACAAGGGAGACCUUUGCAAUAAUG